GGAUAAAUAUCUCACUCGUCUCCUUUAUUUUCUCCACACUCAAAUCUGUAGCAGAACCCUUAAACCUUAUCCCCUAUCCGAAAGCACAUCGAGAGAGAGGGAUAAAGCUUUAGCCUUUAGCAAUGUCUGCCUCCGCUUCUUCCGUUUCCCUCUCUUUCUUCAAUCCUAAAUCCCUUCCUCUCUGCGUUUCCCGCUCCGCCUCCGUCUCCGUCUCCGUCUUACCUCCUUCACUCUCCUUCAAACUCCACUCCCUCUCUUUCUCCGCCGUCAAAUGCUCCUCCUCACCCGCCCAAUACCCAUCUCGUUUCGUCACACACGUCGCCGUCUCGUCCGAUUUCGAGGUGGAGGAAGACGACAUGUUCGCUGACGACGACUCCCCGCCGCAGGAGCGCAGCUCCUUCUCUGCUGACCUCAAGCUCUUCGUCGGUAACCUUUCCUUCGAUGUCGAUAGCGCCCAGCUCGCUCAACUCUUUGAGAGCGCCGGUACCGUUGAGAUGGUUGAAGUUAUCUAUGACAAAGUGUCUGGCCGAAGCAGAGGUUUUGGGUUUGUGACAAUGUCCACUGCAGCGGAAGUUGAGGCCGCAGCGCAACAGUUCAAUGGCUAUGAAUUUGAAGGCAGACCCUUGAGGGUUAACGCUGGCCCUCCUCCACCUAAGAGGGAGGGAUCAUUCUCCAGAGGACCAAGAAGUGGUGGUUACGGUUCAGAACGUUCCAGUUACGGAUCUGAACGUUCCGGUUACGGUUCUCAACGUUCCGGACUUUCUGGUUACGGUUCUGAGCGUUCCAGCUACGGUUCGGGAUCAGGUUCAUCAGACCGUGUUUAUGUGGGCAACCUUUCGUGGGGUGUGGAUGACACGGCUCUUGAGAGCUUGUUUAGCGAGCAAGGAAAGGUUGUAGAGGCCAGGGUCAUUUACGACAGGGACACUGGUCGAUCCAAGGGUUUUGGGUUUGUGACACUCGGUUCUCCUCAAGAGGUCACAAGAGCCAUCAAUUCUUUGAAUGGAGCUGAUUUGGAUGGAAGACAGAUUAGAGUCUCGGAGGCUGAGGCUAGACCACCAAGGCGCCAAUUUUGAGUGAACAUGCAACUUCAUGUUCUGGAGGUGUAGCUCAUCUUGACUGACGACAAGCUAUUUAUGUUUGGGCUUUUGUUUCUUUAUUUCACUUUUGAUUCGUUAUGGGCUUUGAAUGUUUUGCCUUUAUCUUUACAGACUAGGGUUUUGGAUUUUGUUUUUUUCUUAUAUAUUACAUCUUUCUUUUAUGAUCAA